AUGGGCAUUUUUCACCAUGACAGCAGCAGUUCCAGCCAUACGUGCCCAGCAGAAUCGCUCUCAGAAGUGGCAUCCCAGCCAUUUCUACACGACAUGUCGUUCCAUACAUUCAUUAUGAUCUUAUCCGGUGCCUGCACUGCGUUUACAUGCCUGAUGAUUUUUUAUUUAAUGUUUCUGCACGCAACACACCUAAGCAAGCCAAAGGAGCAGCUCAAAAUAAUGCGAAUAUGCACACUGCUGCCGCUAUAUUCAGUCCUCUCAUUCAUCGCCAUAUGCGCUCCCGAGGCGCACGUGUACAUAGAUCCCUGGCUAGACUUGUUCCAAGCCGUAGCUCUCGGGAUUUUCUAUCUCCUGAUGCUUGAGCUUCUUGCCCCCUCCUCCUCCCGGAAAGACAUGUUCUUCGCGCCUCUGGCAAUUGCACCCAGCGGAACCGAGUCUCCCGCAGAGAGUCCGGGCUGGUACCGAAAAACAUGGAUUGCCAUCUUCCAAUACCCAGCCGUGGCUCUACUGGCUUCUAUCGUGACCGACAUCACCCAGGCAGCAGGCGUCUACUGUCUUGAGAGCAACAAGCCAUACUUUGCGCAUCUCUGGCUCACAAUCAUCAUCAACCUCUCGCUGGUCUCAGCCGUGAUCUCCGUCCUCAAGUUCUACAAAAGCUUCAAGAUUCACCUGAAAGACCACCAGCCUCUCGCCAAGCUUCUUGCAUUCAAGCUGAUCGUCGGCUUGUCGUUUCUCGAAAAGAUUAUCUUCUUCGCCCUCGGAACCACAGAUACACUGAAGACCAACGCACAACUCACCUACGCGGACGUGAAAAUCGGCAUUCCAACCAUGGUGGUCUGUAUCCAGAUGGUCCCAUUCGCGCUGUUCUUCCACUAUGCAUACUCCAUCCGGCCAUACGUGAUCAGAAAGACGUUGCCCACUGUCCAGCCCAGCCUGAACCCGGCUUAUGCGGCGGUAACGGAGCUCCGGUACCAGGGCGGCCCCUUGGGUGUGCGGGCAUGGCUGGGGUUGCUCGAUCCCAGGGAGAUUUUGAGUGCUGUUCGCUUC